UCCGCAGUGCAAACGUGACCGAUGCUAACGCUAACUUCGCUUUGGUUAAUGGGGGAGCUGCUGCUAUUUAUAUUAUAUCGCUAAGAACUUGCGUGCGCAAACAACGACCCCGACCUUCAAAACAUGGCGGACUUACUGGGCUCUAUUUUAAACUCGAUGGAGAAGCCUCCCACAGUCGGCGACAAGGAAAGCCGGCGAAAGGCGAAAGAACAAGCCGCCAGACUCAAAAAGAUGGAGGAAGAGGAGAAAAAAAAGAAAGCUGCGUUCAGGCAAAAGAUGGAGAAAGAGGUGUCGGAGUUCAUUCAAGACAGCUCACAACAGAAACGGAAGUACAACCCCAUGGGGAAGAUUGAAAGAAGUAUAUUACAUGAUGUUGCAGAGGUUGCUGGUCUGACCUCAUUUUCAUUUGGAGAUGAUGAGGAGAGCCGUUACGUCAUGCUCUUUAAGAAGGAGUUUGCUCCAUCGGACGAGGAGCUGGAAGCUUACCGUAAAGGAGAGGAGUGGGACCCCAAGAAAGCUGAGGAACGCCGACGGCUGAAGGAGCAGGCUGCUCUCGAAGAAGCUUCGUCCAGCCGCACAAAGACCCCGGAGAUGUGUCCUAAUUCCAAUUACAGGGACAAGUACAGCCACUUGAUUGGCACCUCUGCAGCCAAAGACGCUGCCCACACACUGGAGGCCAACAGGUCCUACGGCUGUGUCCCGGUGGCCAACAAGAGAGACACUCGCUCAAUAGAAGAAGCCAUGAAUGCAAUCCGAGCCAAGAAACGACAGAAGCUGGAGGAUGACACAGGAGCUCACGGCAGCAGCUUCUGAGAUGUUUAGUCGUGUGUGUGUGUGUGUGCGCGUGUGUGCGUGUGUGCGUGUGUGCGUGUGUGUGUGUGUGUGUGUGUGUGUGUGUGUGUGUGUGUGUGUGUGUGUGUGUGUGUGUGCGUGUGUGUACGUGUGUGUACGUGUGCGUGCGCGUGCGUUGAAAGUGCUGCAGGUGCAAGAAAAAACCAAUCCCAAAAGAGAGUUGAACUUCUCUGCAGCUGCGUUGUGAAGUCUGGGAAAUUCAGUCUGUUCACAUUCAGAGAUUUUAACUAUUUUUUUUAGGUGUAAAUGGGCAGGGUUUGAGUUUUUAGGUCGACAUUUUAGGUGAUGGUAACUUAAAUGCUGCUUGCUAAGUCCUCCCCGGAGGAACUUUUAAACUGUUCUGGAAAUGUUCCCCCUUUUUUGUUUUUAAAGCCUCUCUUCCUCAGGAUGUGUGACCCUUUAAGGGGGAAAAAAGGAAUCUGUGAUCUUUGUCUGCAUUUGCACUGAUGUUGUGUCAGGAUCACAGUAGAUGGAGAAACCAUAGGAGAUUCCAGAAUGUUGGAAUCAGCAUCACUGAGUUUUAUUAUGUUCAUGUGAAGAGUUUGUGUUUCCUUUUGGUCUCCCCCUGUUUUCCUUUUGAUGUGAUAGUGUGUGCUUCAUCCAAGCAUGUGUGUUAAUAAAGUGGUCUUGAUCUGUAUUAUGAUAUCUAGUUUUGUGGCAGUGUUUGCAUGUGUUUCGUCCGAAUUAUAAAUAUCAAAAGUAAGAUGAAAGAGCAGAUGGUCAGUAGUGGCUAGGUGAACAGCAUUAUUUAACCCAAUAUUAUUGCCCUACCCUUGUUAUUCUUGUUUAAUAUUUGACAUGCAAUGAGCACAAACGGACAGCAGAUGGCAGUACUGCCCUAGAGUGCCUACAAGAUAACAGUCAGGACAUGAAGAAGAGGCCAGCUGCUGGAAAUGAGUGAGGAACCCUUGAAAAUGUUGGUAUAGCCACAUUUUUCCAACAUAGUUGUAUGAAAGUUGAUUUAUUUCAGUGACUUAUGUUUUAUGAAAUCAAGAUGUCCACGUUCUCCCUACUUUAACUGGAGUUGGUCAUGUGCUCAUCGGCUCAGUGAAAACAAUGAAGGAAAACAUGCGUAAACACAAGGGAACCUACAGAAAACUGCCACAAACAAACUGCUUCUGAGCCAAGGUCCAACCAGCGCUGAAAGUGAAAUGAAAUCCAUUCAACUGUUUUGGAGUUUGAACAGAUGAAUGAGUGAACAAAGCCCUGAUGUGUUUGUUGCCUAAUAAAAGGUAAUGAAAUCUCAUGUUAAUAGUUUUUGUUUUAAUGGAGCGAUAACUCAAAAAAGGGAUGUUUUUUGGACAAAAAAAACCCAACAGUAUUUCACUGUGAAAUGUGAGAGUCUGGGCUUUAGUUAUUAGAGGCUAACUAUAACAUUAAGCAUCUCUGACUCCUUCAGGCAAAAUGUGCAUUUUUCACUUUCAUCUAUGUCAAGAUUCAUUUUAGAAAUGCGGUCAAACACUUGACCGCUAAAGUAGCUGGUUUUUUACUUGACUUGUUAGCUAUGUUAAAGGACUUGGUGGGGCGUGGAGUUUAAUGCAUGUGAUCUCACUUGUUUGCAUGUUUUAUUCUAAUAUACCAUUGUGAAGAACUAGUGGCAAACUUGGGGUUGAGGGGCUGACUCUGGCACGCAGGAUCAUUUUAUAUGGUCCGUUGGAAAUAUACCUCCCGUGUAUCUCCGCACUUCCGUUCACUCUUGAAAAUGACUACCAGA